AAAAAGAAGUGACAUUGGAGAUAUCAUUUAACCACCUAUUUUCCUUUGUUUUAUUUAAUUUUUAUUUUUUGACUGGGCAACCAUUAGGAGGCCCUAUUGCUAAUUACUUGCUAAAAUCUACCUUCUCUUUCUCCGGCGCCCAUUUCGCCCUUCUCGCUCGUCGUCGUCUUCUCCAAUUCUCCCUUUCUCAUAUCUUGAAAGAACUUUUUCUUUUCCGUUUCUAUAAUUUUCUUCACCUUUUCGAUUUCCUUGUUCGUUCUUUGUUUUUUAAUCAAUUAUAUAUAUAAUUUAACGGGAAAAAUUUAAAGUUGAACCGACCCAGGUUUAUUCAAGUGCAAAUAAUUCAAAUGAGUAUUUGCUAGGUUUUUAAAGUAAUAAUACAAUGGAAGAAGAAGAAGAUAAGAAGUUUGGUGAAACUUCUGUAAAGAGUUUUGAUACUCAUGAAAUUGGUUCUGCUGUGGAGGAUAGAAUAGGAGGAUCUCAUCAGGAUAAUGCUACUGGUGGUGAGGAAUCUAUAUUGAAAAACAAUAAUGCAGUUUCACAGGAGGUUCAUUCUACAACUCCUAUAGGGGAUGAGGACCAAUUUGAGCCUGUUUCUUUAGAAAAUCAAGAUAAAGCUGCUGGAGAGUUUCAGGAUGAUCAGGUGGACUCUAAUCGAUCCUCAACUUCUGACUAUCAGAGACAGUUAUCUGUGAUGGAGUAUGAUUCUUCCUCUAUGUCUGGGCCACGGCAUGAUAGUUCUGCUUCAAGCCCUGGACCUGAAAGACAAACAGAUUACCAAAUUAAGCAGUCAAUUUCAGAAACUGGCCUCGAUUCUGUCUUUUAUGCAGAUUCUAGAGGCUCGCCCCUUGGGUCACCAACAACAUCUAAGCCGAAAGCUGCUAUGCCAAAUGUGUCUCCCGAGUUAUUGCACUUAGUGGAUUCUGCCAUUAUGGGAAAGUCUGAAGGUUUGGACAAGCUGAAGAAUAUUGUUAGUGGGGCUGAGACUUUUGAAAGUGUGGAAGAUAUGGAGAGCAUUCCUUUCUUGGUUGUUGAUUCACUUAUUGCCACAAUGGGUGGAGUUGAAAGUUUUGAAGAGGAUGAGGAUGACAAUCCUCCUAGUGUGAUGCUAAACUCUCGGGCUGCAAUUGUGGCAGGUGAACUAAUUCCUUGGCUUCCUUGGGAAGGAGAUAGUGACAUUCUCAUGUCUGCCAGGACACGGAUGGUUAGAGGUUUGUUGGUUAUACUGCGGGCUUGUACAAGGAAUAGGGCUAUGUGCUCCAUGGCUAGUUUAUUAGGAGUUCUUUUGAGGUCAGCUGAGAAUAUUUUUGCUCAGGAUGUUGGUUUGAUAGAGCCGAUGAAGUGGGAUGGAACUCCCUUAUGCUAUUGUAUCCAACAUUUGGCAGGGCAUUCACUUAGUGUUAGUGAUUUGCACAGAUGGUUUCAGGUCAUUACAAAAACACUUACUACCAUUUGGGCACCUCGCUUAAUGCUUGCACUAGAGAAGGCAGUGAGUGGGAAAGAGUCUAGAGGACCAGCAUGCACUUUUGAGUUUGAUGGCGAAAGCUCUGGUUUACUUGGUCCUGGUGAAAGCCGUUGGCCAUUUACCAAUGGAUAUGCCUUUUCAACGUGGAUCUAUAUUGAAUCAUUUGCAGAUACAUUAAAUGCAGCAACUGCUGCAGCUGCAAUUGCUGCUGCAGCUGCGGCCAAGUCAGGAAAAUCAUCAGCUAUGUCCGCUGCUGCUGCUGCAAGUGCAUUGGCUGGCGAAGGCACUGCACAUAUGCCUCGUUUAUUUAGCUUCUUAUCUGCUGAUAAUCAGGGAAUAGAGGCAUACUUUCAUGCACAGUUUUUAGUGGUUGAAUGUGUGAGUGGAAAAGGAAAGAAGGCUUCAUUACAUUUUACUCAUGCAUUCAAGCCACAAUGUUGGUAUUUUAUUGGAUUGGAGCAUGUAUGCAGGCAGGGACUUAUAGGGAAAGCUGAGAGUGAGUUGAAAUUAUAUAUUGAUGGAUCCUUGUAUGAAAGUCGUCCUUUUGAGUUUCCUCGCAUCUCCAAGCCACUUGCAUUUUGUUGCAUUGGGACAAACCCCCCUCCUACAAUGGCUGGCUUACAACGCCGCCGUCGCCAGUGCCCUUUAUUUGCUGAAAUGGGCCCAGUAUAUAUCUUUAAGGAGCCAAUUGGUCCUGAAAGAAUGGCACGCAUGGCUUCUAGGGGUGGGGAUAUGCUGCCUUCAUUUGGUAAUGGUGCAGGACUUCCUUGGCUAGCUACAAAUGAUCAUGUUCAGAAAAUGGCAGAGGAAAGUUCUCUAUUGGAUGCAGAAAUUGGAGGUUGCAUUCACCUACUCUACCACCCCUGUCUUCUUAGUGGGCGGUUCUGCCCAGAUGCUUCUCCUUCUGGUGCUGCAGGUAUAAUACGCAGACCAGCUGAGGUUCUUGGGCAUGUCCAUGUUGCAAUGCGGAUGAGACCUGUGGAGGCUCUCUGGGCUUUAGCAUAUGGGGGACCCAUGUCUUUACUUCCUCUGGCUGUCAGCAAUGUGUGUAAAGAUAACUUGGAACCGGAACAGGGUAGUUAUCCAUUGUCUUUGGCUACAGGUGCCCUUGCUGCGCCAAUAUUCAGAAUUAUUUCUGUUGCCAUCCAUCAUCCUGGAAACAGUGAAGAGCUAUGUCGUAUGAGGGGACCUGAGAUUCUAUCAAGAAUCUUAAACUAUCUUUUACAAAAUUUGUCGUAUCUUUGUUCUGGAAAGCAUGAUGGUGUUGGGGAUGAGGAGCUUGUAGCUGCUGUUGUUUCCCUGUGUCAAUCUCAAAAGCACAAUCAUGCACUUAAAGUGCAGCUUUUCAGUACACUGCUUUUGGAUAUUAAAAUUUGGAGUUUGUGCAGCUAUGGGCUCCAAAAGAAACUCCUAUCAUCUCUUGCAGAUAUGGUCUUCACAGAGUCAUCUGUCAUGCGAGAUGCUAAUGCUAUGCAGAUGCUUUUUGAUGGCUGCAGAAGGUGCUAUUGGACAAUUCGUGAAAAGGACUCUUUAGAUGCUUUUUCUCUAAAUGAUGCUAUGCGGCCAAUGGGCGAAGUGAAUGCUUUGGUCGAUGAGCUCUUAGUUGUCAUUGAACUUCUAAUAGGAGCAUCACCGCCUUCAUUAGCUGCAGAUGAUGUCCGUUGUUUACUUGGAUUUAUGGUUGAUUGCCCACAACCUAACCAGGUUGCCAGGGUGCUACAUUUGAUCUACAGGCUAGUGGUACAACCAAAUACAACCCGAGCUCAAACAUUUGCACAGGCAUUCAUGGGUUCUGGUGGGAUAGAAACUCUUCUUGUCCUCCUGCAGAGAGAAGCUAAAGCUGGUGAUCACCACAUUCCUGAAACUAGCACCAAGACUGAGGAAAGCUUGGCUGUUGAAAGAUCUGAACCAGAACUAGAUACUUGCAUUCCAGAAGGAAGUCAGGAUGAAGGAUCACUAAAGGAGAAGGAUCAAAUUUCACAAAAGAGAGAUUUUCACGGUAUUUCUGGCCUUGUGGCCAGUUCUAGUCUGAAAGUGGAAAGGGUGUCAUCUGUUUCUGAAAAUGCUUUUAUGAAGAAUUUGGGUGGAAUAAGUCUUUCAAUUAGUGCUGACAAUGCAAGGAAUAAUGUUUACAAUGUUGACAAUGAUGAUGGAAUUGUUGUUGGGAUCAUUGGGCUGUUAGGUGCUUUAGUAGCUUACGGACAUCUGAAAUUUGGUUCCCGUGUGUCUUCUGAGAUGACAAGCAACCUUUUUGGUGGUGCGCUCAAUGAUGCAGCUGGAAGCAUGUUUGAAGAUAAAGUUUCUAUACUGCUUUUUGCAUUACAGAAGGCUUUUCAGGCUGCUCCUAAUAGGCUUAUGACAAGCAAUGUAUACACUGCUUUAUUAGGGGCCUCGAUCAAUGCUUCUUCACCGGAGGAUGGAUUGAACUUUUAUGAUUCUGGUCAUCGUUUUGAACAUUUACAACUUUUGUUGGUUUUAUUGCGGUCUCUUCCAUAUGCAUCUAGAUCUUUCCAAAGCCGGGCACUACAGGAUCUUCUGUUUUUGGCUUGCAGUCACCCAGAAAAUAGAAACAGUCUAACAAAAAUGGAGGAGUGGCCUGAGUGGAUACUAGAGGUCCUUAUCUCUAACUAUGAGAUGGAUGCGAGAAAAAAGUCUGAUUCAGCAAGCCUAGGUGACAUAGAGGACCUCAUACACAGUUUUUUGAUUAUUAUGUUGGAGCAUUCAAUGCGCCAAAAGGAUGGAUGGAAGGAUAUUGAAGCCACAAUUCAUUGUGCUGAAUGGCUCUCUAUCGUGGGUGGCUCUAGCACUGGGGAUCAGAGAAUUAGACGUGAAGAAUCCUUGCCAAUAUUCAAGAGAAGACUCUUAGGUGGGUUGAUGGACUUUGCUGCCAGAGAACUUCAGGCUCAGACUCAAGUUAUUGCUGCAGUUGCUGCUGGGGUUGCAGCCGAAGGUUUGUCUCCUGAGGAUGCUAAGGCAGAAACAGAGAAUGCUGCACAGCUUUCUGUGUUUCUGGUAGAGAAUGCAAUUGUCAUAUUAAUGCUUGUUGAGGAUCAUUUGCGGUUGCAAAGUAAACUUUCUUGUGCUUCAUGUAAAGUUGAUGGUAAUAAAUCUCCUCUUUCUUUCGCGUCUGCCCCAAAUAGUCAAUCAAGUUCAGCGGCAUCAAUUGGUAGAGAAUCAACUGAAGCUGUGGAUGAUAGCAGAUCUGGAAAUUCUGGUGGACUCCCUCUUGAUGUCCUUGCUUCAAUGGCUGAUGCAAAUGGGCAGAUUUCUGCAACAGUGAUGGAACGGCUUACUGCAGCUGCUGCAGCUGAGCCUUUUGAUUCUGUCUCCUCUGCUUUUGUGUCAUAUGGGAGUUGUGCUAUGGAUUUAGCUGAGGGUUGGAAAUACAGGAGUCGUUUAUGGUAUGGUGUUGGCCUGCCCUCAAAACCAACUGACAUUGGUGGUGGCGGCUUUGGCUGGGAGUCGUGGAAUGCUGCUUUGCAAAAAGAUGCUAAUGGAAACUGGAUUGAGCUUCCUUUAGUGAAGAAGUCUGUAAGUAUGCUCCAAGCAUUACUGUUAGAUGAUUCUGGACUUGGUGGUGGUCUUGGUAUUGGUGGUGGAUCAGGUACUGGGAUGGGAGGAAUGGCUGCACUUUACCAGUUACUGGACAGUGACCAACCCUUUUUAUGCAUGCUUCGCAUGGUACUUCUUUCAAUGAGGGAAGAAGAUAAUGGAGAAGACAACAUGAUCAUGAGGAAUGUAGGCGUAGAAGAUGGAAUGUCUGAAGGACUGUAUCGAGGCAACAUUGUAUCCUUAGAUAACAGUGGUCGAAUGGCAGCAAGGAAACCGCGGUCUGCUUUAUUGUGGAGUGUUCUUUCUCCUAUUCUGAACAUGCCGAUUUCUGAUUCCAAGAGACAGAGAGUUUUGGUAGCAUCCUGUGUUCUAUAUUCUGAGGUGUGGCAUGCUGUUGGGAGGGACAGAAAGCCACUUCGAAAACAGUACCUUGAGGCCAUUGUACCACCUUUUGUUGCUGUUUUGAGGAGGUGGCGACCACUUUUGGCAGGAAUUCAUGAACUUGCUACUGCUGAUGGUUUGAAUCCUCUUAACGUUGAUGAUCGUGCACUGGCUGCUGAUGCACUGCCAUUAGAGGCAGCUCUUGCAAUGAUCUCUCCAUCUUGGGCGGCUGCUUUUGCAUCACCACCAGCUGCAAUGGCAUUGGCAAUGAUUGCUGCAGGCGCUAGCGGAGGAGAAAUUCCUGCUCCAACAGCCACACAGCUUAAACGUGACUCCUCAAUACUUGAGCGGAAAACUACUAAGCUGCAACAUUUUUCUAGCUUUCACAAACCUCUGGACAUGCCUAACAACUCACCGUCUCUUCCCAAAGACAAGGCAGCUGCAAAAGCUGCUGCCUUAGCUGCUGCACGUGAUCUUGAACGCAAUGCAAAGAUUGGUUCUGGAAGAGGUCUCAGUGCUGUUGCAAUGGCUACUUCUGCGCAGCGGAGGCAUGAUAGUGAUAUGGAGCGUGUAAAACGAUGGAAUGAUUCUGAAGCCAUGGCCGUUGCAUGGUUGGAAUGUCUACAGCCAGUCGAUACAAAAUCAGUCUAUGGGAAAGAUUUUAAUGCUUUAUCCUACAAAUUUAUUGCGGCCCUUGUUGCAAGUUUUGCUUUAGCAAGAAAUAUUCAGCGAUCAGAGAUUGAUAGGCGUGCACAAGUUGAUUUAGUUGCACGACACAGAUUAUUCACUGGGAUUCGUGCAUGGCGCAAACUUAUCCAUUGCUUGUUAGAUACGUCAUGUCUCUUUGGGCCAUUAGUAGACCAAAUUCCUAGUAAGGUUUUUUGGAAGCUGGACUUUAUGGAAAGUUCUUCAAGGAUGAGACCAUUUUUGAGAAGGAAUUACACAGGGACUGAUCAUUUUGGUGCUGCUGCUGAUUUUGAGGAGCAAAAUGAUGUGAAAAAGACUCAAGAGGAUGUCAUAAGCUCAUCUAAUACUCCUAUUCUGGCAGCAGAAGCAAUCUCAACAGUGUUUGUGAAUGAAGAUGAUGAACAUCCAGAAACUGAUAAUGUAGAUAGCAGAGGCUAUGUAAAUAACCAAAGUGAGGAAGGUCAGCAAAGGCUUUCUGGAAUAACUGAGCAAACCUUGGAGAAAUCCAUAGAAUCUAAAGACACUAAACUUUCCAGUGAGCAAGACUUGGUCCAGAGUUCAACAAUAGUUGCUCCUGGGUAUGUUCCUAGUGAACUUGACGAGAGAAUCUUGUUUGAACUCCCUUCAUCCAUGGUUCGGCCACUGAGGGUUAUACGAGGAACCUUUCAAGUAACCUCAAAGAAAAUAAAUUUUGUAGUUGAUAAAACUGAAUGCAACAUAUCGGUGGAUGGUUCAGAAGACAACUCUGAAGCAAAAAAUGAUGAGAAGGACCGUAGUUGGUUGAUGACUUCUCUUCAUCAAAUGUAUAGCCGAAGAUAUCUCCUACGAAGAAGUGCUCUGGAGUUGUUCAUGGUUGAUCGUUCUAACUUCUUCUUUGACUUUGGGAGUUCUGAGGGCAGACGAAAUGCAUAUCGUGCUAUUGUACAAGCACGGCCUCCUCAUUUAAACAACAUUUAUCUUGCAACACAGAGACCCGAACAACUCCUGAAAAGAACUCAGUUAAUGGAGCGUUGGGCUAGAUGGGAGAUCAGCAAUUUUGAAUAUCUAAUGCAGCUAAAUACAUUGGCCGGGCGUAGUUAUAAUGACAUAACUCAGUAUCCAGUAUUCCCAUGGAUCCUUUCUGACUACAGUUCAAAGAGUCUAGAUCUUUCUGAUCCUUCAGCUUUCCGAGAUCUUUCAAAGCCUGUUGGAGCAUUGAAUCCAGAGCGGCUGAAGAAAUUUCAAGAGAGAUAUGCUAGCUUCGAUGACCCGGUCAUUCCCAAGUUCCAUUAUGGCUCACAUUAUUCAAGUGCUGGAACUGUAUUAUAUUAUCUUGUUAGAGUUGAGCCAUUUACAACCCUUUCGAUUCAGCUGCAAGGUGGAAAAUUUGACCAUGCAGACCGGAUGUUUUCAGACGUUGGUGCUACAUGGAAUGGAGUUCUUGAGGACAUGAGUGACGUGAAGGAAUUGGUUCCGGAGCUGUUUUACCUUCCUGAGAUGUUAACCAAUGAGAAUUCAAUUGACUUUGGAACAACACAAUUAGGAGGAAAGCUUGAUUCGGUAAAACUCCCACCAUGGGCUCAAAGCUCAGUUGAUUUCAUUCAUAAGCAUCGAAUGGCUCUUGAGAGUGAACAUGUAUCUGCACAUUUACAUGAAUGGAUUGACCUCAUAUUCGGGUAUAAGCAGCGAGGCAAGGAAGCUAUAUCGGCUAAUAACAUGUUCUUUUACAUUACAUAUGAAGGGACAGUUGAUAUUGAUAAGAUCUAUGAUCCAGUACAACAGCGUGCUACACAAGACCAGAUUGCUUAUUUUGGACAAACUCCAUCCCAACUUCUUACUGUCCCUCACAUGAAGAAAAUACCUCUUUCAGAGGUUCUUCAUUUGCAGACAAUCUUCCGGAAUCCGAGAGAAGUAAAAUCGUAUGCAGUCCCAAACCCUGAUCGCUGCAAUUUGCCUGCAGCUGCUAUUCAUGCGUCUUCAGAUUCCGUCAUAAUCGUUGACACAGAUGCGCCAGCAGCUCAUAUUGCACAGCAUAAAUGGCAACCUAACACUCCCGAUGGUCAGGGAGCACCAUUUCUGUUUCAACAUGGAAAGGCAACAACAAGCUCUGCUGGUGGAGCACUUAGAAGAAUGUUCAGAGGGCCAGCAGCUGCAGGCUCUGGUUCUGAUGAUAGGCAGUUUCCCCAGGCACUAGCAUUCGCUUCUGCUGGGAUCAGAAACUCAUCUAUUGUUUCCAUCACAUGUGAUAAAGAAAUUAUCACUGGUGGACAUGCUGAUAAUAGCAUCAAGCUUUUGUCAUCUGAUGGAGCAAAAACAAUAGAAAUGGCUUUUGGACACUCUGCUCCCGUGACUUGUCUUGCUCUAUCACCAGAUAGCAAUUAUCUCGUGACAGGAUCCCGGGACAGUACUGUAAUACUUUGGAGGAUACAUAGGGCAUUUACCUCUCGCCCAAGCAGCACAUCGGAACCAACUGCUGGCACUGGUACACCAACUUCAACUAGUGGUGGUACUUUAGCUAAUUCCUUGGCAGACAAAAGCAGAAAGCAUCGGAUAGAAGGUCCCAUAUAUGUACUUCGGGGUCAUCAAAGGGAAAUUCUUUGUUGCUGUGUCAGUUCAGAUCUGGGUGUUGCUGUUUCAUGUAGCCAUUCAUCAGAUGUUCUGUUGCAUUCUAUAAGAAGGGGUCGCUUGAUGAGACGGUUUCCCGGUGUAGAAGCUGAUGCUGUCUGCCUUUCAUCUGAGGGAAUCAUUUUAACCUGGAACCAAUCGCAACAUACUCUCAGCACCUUCACUCUCAAUGGUGUUCUGGUUGCUAGAGCACAACUUCCUUCUUUGGGUGGUGUUAGUUGCAUGGAAAUUUCUGUUGAUGGUGAGAACGCUUUAAUUGGAAUGAACUCAUCUUUGGGCAACAAUGGAGUGUCCAAUAGCAACCAGGACUUGAGUUUGAAGAAACCUGUGGCUGAUAAUUUGGAUCUUGAGUCAGAAGAAACCAACAAAAGCAACAAAUUAGAUAUUCCUUCUCCUUCAAUUUGCUUUUUGAAUCUGCAUACUCUGAAGGUAUUCCAUGUGUUGGAACUAGGAGAAGGACAGGAUAUCACAGCUCUUACUUUGAACGAGGAUAACACAAAUCUUCUAGUCUCAACUGCAGAUAAACAGUUGAUAAUUUUCACAGACCCAGCUUUGAGCCUGAAAGUGGUGGAUCAGAUGCUUAAGCUUGGUUGGGAAGGCGAAGGGCUCAGCCCUCUGAUAAAGUCAUAAUCUUCAGUUCAGCCUUAGAAUCUUGACUGAUUAGAAAAUGAUUAUAGAAGAUGCACCAUUGAUCCCACCAGGUUCAAUAUUACAAAUAUCACAGGUGUGUGUGCCUCAAGCGAGAAGAAAACCUAGUCAAUAGCGCGGCUUUCAGCACCAGCUGCCUUUUGUCAUGUAUGUAAAAUAUGUGAAUUAGUACUCUUCACAAGUGGAACAACCCUAUAAUAUGAUUUAAAAAAGGAGGGUUGUUAGGUAGAUUCUUUUAUUUGAUUUGUGGUAAGUUUAUUACCAUUGUGAUUUGAGCUACUCCGAGGCUUGCGAUUUUCACUUUUUGUUCAUCGAUAUAGUGAGAAAAUUUGAUACCCUUUCUGGCCUUUUGUGCUUGAAUUUUCCUCUUCCAAAGUAGCGAUGCAGUUACCAGAUUGAAACUGAAUUAAGACUUGAACAUUUUUUUUGGAAA